AUGUCUUCUAAGAAGCAGAAGAGGCCAAAUGAGGACCCGGCAGAGGAAGCAGCCGGCAGGAUCGACAACCUCGCAGCCCCCCUGUGCCUAAUGAGCUUUGUCCUGCUCUUAGACUGCCUGAAGCUCUUCCCUCAGUCCUUUCCUCAUCGGGCAGAGCUCAUCGCUUCUAUCGUGAACACCACCCUGUCGCCAAGCAGCCACGUCGACAGGGUGGUUGUGAAGAACGUCAUUGACAAACUGAGGUGUGCUUCAGCAGAUCUGUCUUUUCUUCCGGGCGUAAGACGCCCAUCAGUUGAGGAGAUUGCACGGAGGGAGUCCCUGCUCUUCGUUGCUUUCCCGAAGCCAACAAGGUAUUACAUGCACGCAAGCUUUGUCUCUGCUGUUCAUGCCCACAAUGCGUCCUUUGGCCUGGAUCGCUUCUCGGAAGAGCCUGGGGCAGCUCUCCAGCGGCUGCGGCGGAGGCGGUCGCUCAGAGGGAGUUUGAACAGGGAGCGCUUUGAGCAUGCAUAUUUGCACUUCUGGGCUGUGCGGUUCUGCCAGAAGCAUUGCCCAUCCUUGCUAGGCACAAUAGAUUUGCGAGAGCCCAUCGACAGCGUCCUCUGCAGUCUCAACGAUCCUUUCUGGUGUCACCUGCGUGAUGAGGCACUCGAGCACAGCAAGAAGUGUGAGAAUGAGCUCUGCGGGAGGUACUGCCACUUUGACGGCAAUGCCAAAGUGUUUCGAGCUUGCUGCGCAGAGAAGGAUUCAGAGCUUUUCGAGACUGCAAUCGGUCGGGUUGUGAAGGGUUGCCCCAGAACCCCCCUGAAAAACAAGAAGCGCUGUCGCCUGCAUCAUGCAGGAGUGCCAGCUGGAACUGCGGAAGUGCAGGGCGGUGCGGAAAGCCGGCCAGAGAAUCCGGAAGGAGUGCGGGGAGGAGAAGGGGAGAGUCGGAUUGAUGAGCCUGCGGCGGGCGAUGUGGAAGAAAUCGAUCUACGAGAUCUCGACAGUGACGGCGAGUACGACGAGGAGGAGGAAGAGCCAGAAGACGAAGGGGGGGGCGACGAAGAGGACGGUGGGGCUUCAGGCGGGGGGGGGUCAGGGCUCCAGGGUUCCGCUGCAUCCGCUGAGAAAUGGGAUCUGGACGCUGGCCCAGUUUCUCUACGGACGCGCAGGACCAGGCAGCUGCUGGAGCAGGAUGACUCGCUGUACGAGGCUGAACGAAUAGAGAUGAGCAUGCUAAAAAAUGGGGUACCGAUCUACUUGGUCAAGUGGAAGGGCUGCCCGGCCGCUGAGAACACGUGGGAGCCUGAGGAGAACGUGACUGUCUUCGGCAGGGGCCUCUUGGACGAGUACCUGCGCUCGCAGCCCCAAGGGGACUUCUACACGCGCGACCGGGAGGACCAGCUACCAGAUCCCGCACCGGAAUCGGAUGCCGAGAAGCCGCCCCGCAAGACCAAGCUGACAGCCUGCACCCCGCGCACGAGCUCGGACGGACGCGGCGUGACAGCCGGCACGCUGGUCGCCUUCUGGGCGUGCGGCUACAUGUUCCCCCCCCUGGAGUUGAUCCUUUCGGAGUCCACUACGAUGGUGCACCACUACAUGAUGCUCCUGUUUGCGCAUGUGCGCCUGCCCGAGUUCAUAGGCAUGGACGACAUGUGCCACUGGGCACGGUUUGCAGCAAGCGGGGGGCGAACUGCGAUGAGCGACAAAACCCGCGAGUUUCACGAAGACACGAAGAAAGUCGUCGACAAGUUUCACUUCAAGAAGAACCAUGUGGGGCGGUGGUGCGCAGCGAACACGAACCCGUACAAGCAUCCAGAACUCGAAACUGCAAACAUGUCGGUGUGUGAACAGAGGUUCAAGUGGUGGGGCCAAUUCAGAACAUCGCUCAGGUAA